AAAACUCAAAACGUCAAACUUCAAAACCAAAAAAAUAUUCAUCUUGCAAUGUGUAAGCUGAAUAUAUUUCACUUUAUAAAUAGGAACGUUUAUUUAAAUAGGCUUUAAAUGGUUUGUACUGAUAAUUACAAAACCUGACCACUUAAUAAAGAAAAUCCCAACCACUUGUUUCUGUUUAUAUAAGUGAUAACUAAACAAUGACAUGAUCAUAUUUCCAUUAUCUCUCAUUCUGCCAGCAGAUUUAACAAGAAAUAUUAAAAAAUAACACCCAUUAUGCAAAGCGAGUUAAUACCCAUUCAUCCUUUAACUGAGAGCCCUACAGCGGCAUGGAAGGAAAUAAGCAAAACACAGAAAAUUAUUAAAAUAAACUACAAGCCGCCACAUACAGAGGUCCAACCAGAUAAGCUCAGGUUUGUUUGUAUGAGUGACACACAUUCUUUGGUAAGAAAUCUUUCCUUUGAUAUACCUGAUGGGGAUGUUUUUUUACACGCUGGAGAUUUUACAAAGUGUGGAGAAAAGGAGGAGGUUAUAUUUUUUAAUAAUUGGAUAGGUUCCCUGCCACAUAAGCACAAAGUAGUCAUUGCAGGAAACCAUGAGCUGAGUUUUGACCAAAAGUUUGCUGAUGAUUUUAAAAUGAAAAAUCAGAGAUUUCAGUCUGAUGCAGGAGAGAAUGAGGACCAUGUUCCUCACUAUGGCAGAACCAAGGAUAAUAUUGCUGAUGCUGUUAAUACAGAUAAUAUUAGGCAAUAUUUGACAAAUUGCACUUAUUUAGAAGAUAGUGGAAUAGAGAUAUGUGGUGUGAAAAUUUGGGGAAGCCCUUGGCAACCAGAAUUUGGACAUUGGGCUUUCAAUUUAAAAAGAGGUAAAGAAUGUUUAUCAAAAUGGAAUUUAAUACCAGACGACACAGAUGUCCUAUUAACCCACUCACCACCACUAGGACAUGGUGAUCUUGUUUGUUCUGGAGUGAGAGCGGGAUGUGUUGAACUCUUGACUACAGUCCAAAAAAGGGUAAAACCUAAAUACCAUAUUUUUGGACAUAUACAUGAAGGUUAUGGUGUUUCUUCUGAUGGAAAAAUAAUUUUUAUAAAUGCAUCAACUUGUGAUAUAAAUUAUAUUCCUAGUAAUUUGCCAAUGGUGUUUGAUAUACCAUUAAAACCAGGACAAUCUAAAUAGAAACAAAAAAAAAUUCUAGUCAUCCAACCCAGUGAUUUUAUUUACUUUUACCACUCAUGUUUAAUCAAUUAUGCUUAUUUAUAUUUUUUAUUUUUUUACCUUGUUAAGGAAUUAUUUUGUUCAAUAAUAGGAUUACAAAAAUAAAACAGUUUGUAACAGUGAUAAAA